AUGGCGAGCGGACAUAGCCCAUACGCAUCUCCGACCGUGGUCGACCCCUCUCUAGGGCCCUACUACAGCCAGUCGAACAGUGCUAUCACGCACCAUCUACAACACCCCGAGGUCGACGAUGACCUGGCCCUCCGCGCCGAACUGAGCAGGUCGCUGGGCCUGAACCACUCAACCCACGAGUCGGCAAACACGUCGCACCAACACUCGCCGCAACCACACGACGACCCGCAACAACAGCAGCAUCAUCACGCUCAGCAGCAGCAACAUGCUCAACCAGCCCCGCUCCCCUCGCAGCCGCAACACACAUCGCCGUCGCAACACGUCGUGAACCCCGACCUCUUUCCCGAGCACCACCUGAGUCCACCGCCUGGUCAACAUGCCGCCGACAACAACAAGGACAAGCGCAGCAAAGUCAGCCGCGCAUGCGACGAGUGCCGUCGCAAGAAGAUCCGUUGCGACGCCUUGAACGAGCACGAGACAUGCACCAAUUGCAAGCGCUCCAACUCAGGCUGCGCUUUCAGUCGCCAGCCGCUGAAGCGAGGUCCCAGCAAGGGCUACAUCAAGGAGCUCGCUGAGCGCUUGAACGCUCUCGAGGGCCAGAUGCAGCCCCAACAACACGGACACGUCGACCAGGAACUACAGACUUUGCUCGCAGAAGCCGCCCAUGCCACACGAGAUUACGCUUCACCGCCCCGUCAAGCAGGCCAGAAACGAAGACGCUCACAGACAGAGACGACAGAGAUGGAUCCGCUGCCUGUCCUAGCUCCGAGACUUGCACCAGCAACACAACCCACCCAACUUGCGACCCAGCCUCAGCCUGCUCCUACCCCUCUACACGCCUAUGGAAACCCAUACUCUCGUGACCCGCGAACGUCCCCGUACCCUGCCCAACCAAAUUACCGUCAAGACAUGAGGCCUACGCCCCAACCACAACCUGUCAACACACAGCCCUUCUUCAAGUACGGUGGAGAUGCUCGGCGUCGCGAGAGCGUUAGUGUCCCUUUCGACACGCAGGCAGGUGUACCCACGCUGGUUGAGUGGGAUGAAGAGGUAGUCGAUGAAUAUUAUCGGACCAUACACCAGACCUUUCCGCUAUUACCCCACUCAAAACACCGUCUUCGCAUGCGCCUGGCCGAGUGUCCCUUGACGUUAAGAGAAGCCUUCUUGACCGUCCUGGAGUGCACGAUGCGCACCUUCCCCUCCUUCUCCUCAACGCUUCGUCCUCAACACACAUAUGCGCCCAUGAUGAAGCGAGCCGCUGAACUCCUUGCUGGCUAUCCUUUCGAGAACCCAGCCACGCACACCAGUGGUACUAACCUAGUCUACUUGCAAACCCUCUUGUUGAUGGCUCUAGAAUCCGACAACCAUGGUCCCGCAACAGUCAGGGGUCAAGCCGGCCCUUCACGUGCAGAGUGGUUGGGAAGAGCUGCAGGUGUUGCAGGACAAUUGGAGAUCAAUCUGAUUCGUCCGCGCGAACGAUAUGCCACUGAAGGUGAUCCGGACUCUGAAGAAAGACUAGCAAGAAGGGUGUGGUGGGUACUAUUCAUCCUCGAUCGCUGGCAUGCUUCUAGCACCUCGGACCUACUCAAACUCCCCGAGAACAGUGUCGUCUUAUUACCUGAAGAUCAGAUUUUGCUCGGCGAAUCAACAUACCAUCUAGCGCGCCUCUCCUUCAUCAUAGGACACCUUGCCGCCAUUCUCACUACAACAAAAACACCAGAGACCAACGUCAUGGCACCUUCGAAUCCAGCUUCCUCACUACUCGGGUUGACAUUAGCUGGCGAAAUCGACCGCUUCCGUGAGUCUGUAGAAAGUGUUUGGGGCUCAUUGAACCUGGUCCAUCUCUCCUACCACCACUGUCACCUCCUUAUUAAACGACUAAACCCUACAACCGAACCCACAGAGUUGAUAGGCCACGCAGUCAAAGUGGCCACAGUGCUGAACCAACGUCAAACCCCCAUCACACCAUUAAACCACCACUUUGCAGCUUUAGCAGCAAUGACCCUCUGCGAACUCGUAGACAUAGAAAAGACACGCUCGGAAGCCAUCAGAGGCCUCGAGCAAAUCUCGGAAGCCUUGGGCUUCGGUCGCGGUCUCGCCGGCCACGAAAAGUCUACGGGCUGGGAUUCAGCAAUCAGAGACUUGAUUGUGCAGAAGAGGAAUAAGUUGCAGUCGAUCCUCGGUGGGAUUGAACAAUUGCCGCCGGGAUUGCAGCAUUUGGCGCACGCUCACGCUGGGGAGGGCGGCAAUGGGACAUUGACCCCUAGCUCGGCGCAAGGAAAUGUUGCUGCUACCAGUGUGGCGGGAGAGAAUGGGAGGCCGGGCAAGUUUGACCCUACCAUGUUGACGAGGUAUGGUUAUCUUACCGCUUUGGGCCAGGGUAUGUUUGUCUCCAAGUAG